UUCAUGAACAUAGAUGGAGAAUCCGAGUAAGUCUAGAGACACAUUUUCAUCAUAAAUACAUUAUGAAAUGCGAUCAGUAUUUUUAUGGUAUAGCCAUGCCAAUAAUUAAUCUAAGCAAGGGUAAUCAUGGAGAAAGUCGCAAUGACAGAGACUACUUCGUCAAAUCUGUGGCUUUUGGUCAUAAGAAUCAGAAUUUUUCAGAACAUAAACCUCCAAAAAGAAACAAAUCUAUCAAGUUUGAGUUUCACAGUCUCUCAGCCAAUAAUCUUCGAGGUUUACAGCCAGAAUUGAAGCGGAGGAAAUCAUCAAAGGCAAAGUACAGCUCGAGGGCUUCCCAACUACCCAAAAUGAGCCCAAUUAAAUUUGACAAAAUCAGGUUUACCUCGUAUCAUACAACAUAUGGGAUAAUGAAGCGGGAAAAGAGGUCUAAAAAGCGGGUAGAGAAGCCUCAGGGUGAAUGUGAGAGUGUCCCUCGCGAAGUGAUUGACAAAUUCCAGAAUCCAUUCUAUUACAAACUUGAGGAAGUCAAUAAGAAAGUCCGUGAAUAUGUAAGGUUAUUUGGCACAAAGAGUAAUAUUGCUAAAAUGAAAAGGAUCAGGAGCAAACUCCGAACUAAGAAGAAAACCUUCUUGGAUGAAGUAAUUACCGGAGACUCAUUAGCUAUCCUCCGUCAGAGCUUGCUAAAAAUCGAACAGAAAUAAGCAAUAUGAAAAAGAGCUUCAGGAUUUUAUUAGAGAGGCUAAACUCUCUGAAAGACUUUUUGGACUAAAGUCUCUUCAGAAUAAUGGCAAUUCCAAGUACAAUAGUCAAGAUAAGAGAGCAGUCAAGAAAAUAAGAGUCAAAUAAGCUAUCGACAAAAAGAAGCAAGAGAGACUUAGUCUCAAAGAGAGCCUUUAAAGACCAUUUGAUUACUUCAGACCCUCUUGGAGCUAUCCAGAGUCGAACCAAUCUUGAUAAUGUCGUAAAGAAGGAAAUAGAACAAGCUGAAGAGGACAGCAGCGAUAGCAUAUCCUCCAAAAGUUUCGAAACUUUCAGUCAAGAAACAUCACAAGAGGUGAAGCAUAGAAAACCAAUGACAAAGCGGCAUAGUGGAAGCAUGCAUAUGCGCUUCAGGUCAAGUAGCAGCAAACUGUUCCUCUCAGUUGCUGAGGAGGAACCAUCUGUGGCUUCGAAAAAGUCAAAAUCAAAAGUAUUCAAGAAAAAGAAGUCUAAGUCGCCAUUACUAAAAUCUCACACAAGCAUCAACAUAAAUUCUUUACUGGAUGAAUUGGUGAAUCACAACCCGUUUGAGAUGAGUGGCUCCUUAAUGACUAUUGAAGAGGUGAAAAAUCCACCAAAGCCGAGUAAAAAGAGCAAUGAAUUUAACUUGAUCAUUAAAUAAAGUCCAAAAAGAGCCCGAGAAAACGGAUAAAGUCAUAUUUCACGAACUUUACAAGUAUUAUCCAAAUAGCCGUUUGCAGAAGAGGCUGGAAGGACAUAAAGCUUGGACUUCCAGGUCUCCUGAUAAGGAUAAUAAUCAGAAAUUACAGUCUGGAACCAAAGUGAAACACAGCCCUCAGAAAAGGAAGGUUAUGAGGGUCCAACACAAAUUUGAUCAAAAAGAUCUCACUCUAGAGCCGCCUAAGCAAUUGAAGUUGAAACCUCUGGCCAGCUUCUUGAUGAAAACUACUGAUUCUCGGGAAAAGAGCACGACUGGGUCAGAAUUUUUGAGUCAAAAUAUGAACCAUCGCUGUGAGACUAACCUGAAGGAAAGACAAUCACAUAAUUUUCCAAAGAAUAGCUCAAGCAAAACAUUUAUACCAGAUAAUACUUCUUUAGUUACUGAGAAUGUUUUAAGUCAUUUCUGAAAAGAGGCUACAGAAAGUUCAAUCUACACUAAGACAUUGAGGAAGGAUAAAUUUCCAAGUAUUUACAGAAGCAGUCAAUCAAAGGCAUUCUUAAAUACGAUGCAAAGUGGGUUUAUUAAGAAAAAUAAGAAAGAUAAACAGCUUAUUACUCAGAAGUUAGAUAAAAAGCUGAGAGAUUUCUUGUAA